AUUAGGCGACGAAGCAAAGCAAAUUAAGAAAACAGAACCAUUCGAUUCGAGGACACAGAAAAGCAAAAUCAGUGAAAAAGGAAAUAAAACUCAUGAAUAGUAUAUUUUCAGUGGAUGAUUUCUCUGACCUGAUAUGGCAGAAUCCGGUGGCGGCUCAUAUGCCGGCGAUGAGUAGGAGCGCAUCGGAGUGGGAGCUUGAAAAAUUUUUAGAAGAAUUUCCGCCCCCCGCACAUGCCCCCGCUUCCUCACCCGCUAGCGGUAACGCUGCCGCUCCUUCCUCCGUCUCAUCGCAGUCGACGACGUUAUCUAAGCCUCGUAAUGUUAACGAUGACGUAGUGGAGAUCGAAAAGGCUGAAACUCCUGCUCUUCCUCUUCCUCGGAAUCGUCCGCCUCAGCUAUCGGAUCGCUCCUCAUCGGCUGCGACUGAUUCGGAGGCGUACCGCGCUUCACUCAAGUCACAACUUGAUCUGGCCUGUGCUGCUGCGGCAAAGUCUCGGGAGUCGAGUGUAAAACCUGAAGGUCUUUCUUCCUUAGCUGAGGAUCAAAGGGUGGCUGCCAAGAAUAUUCACUCAGGAUCACAAGUUUCUGGUAAUGGUCAUGGCAUCCCAAAGGCACAGGUUGAGGCUGAUGGUGGAUCGCUUCGCCUCCCAGCAUUAACCUCUGUUCAGAGAAAACAAGAGGUACCAAUGAGGCAAACGACCAGUGGGUCUUCAAGAGAAGAUUCAGAUGACGAUGAACUUGAUGGGGAUACAGAAACCAAUGAACAUUUGGAUCCUGCUGAUGAAAAACGUGCAAGGAGGAUGCAGUCAAAUCGAGAGUCUGCUAGACGUUCAAGAAGAAGAAAACAAGCGCAGCUGAAUGAACUUGAAGCACAGGUCGGUCAAUUGAGGGAUGAACGCACAACAUUGCUAACGCGCUUAACAGACAUAAAUAAAAAGUGCGACGAUGCUUCUGUUGACAACAGAAUUUUGAAUGCUAAUAUUGAAACAUUAAGGACAAAGGUCAAAAUGGCUGAAGAUCAAGUUAAACGAGUGACAGGUUUGAACCCCAUGCUUCUAGCAAGGUCCAACAUUCCUAGCCUUGGAAUGCAGUUUGUUGCUGGCCAAACAGAUACGUCUACAAAUGUUGCUGGACCAAUGCAAACAAACAAUAACCAUUUCUUUCACCAUUCAGUUCCUAAUAUUACUUCAGGUGCUCAUCUCCCCGGAAUAAACAGUAGCGUUCCGGUCCCUAACCACAAUCUAACACCUCUUGCUGCAAAUCCUCAAGGUGAUAAAGGAACAAACAACGUUGGUGGAAUGGCUUCCAUGCAGCAGUUAACAGUUAGUGGGCGUAGCAUGGCUGAUGCGCCUCCAUUGCGGCACACGCAAAAGCAGACUGGUCCUACGGCCAGUCCAGCUGUAGCUUCACCAGCAAGCAACAAAGGGAUAUCUAUGCCAGUUGCAAAGGAUAAUAAAAUGAAAUGAUUCAGAUGCUUCCUCUCCCAUUGGUAGGUGGUCAAAUUAGGAAUUGGAAAAAGCCAUUUCGUGGUACAAUUAUCGGUUCAAAUAAUGAUAGGACUUUUCAACUUGUAUUAGGUCUUUUUAUUUAUGUCUAGUUUUUUAAAAAUAAGUAAUUUAACCUAAUGGAUCGUCGGAAACAUCUUUGAUCAGAUCCAGGCUUCCAAGACAUUUCUUCUCUGUAUCGGUUAUUUGAGACAUUAAGUAGAAAACAAAAGAGAUGAAAAUGAAUGCA